GUGAGUACAGAGUGUCGAGAAGGAUCAGGACGCCCUCGGUGGACGUACUUAUCUCGACAUCUGCCAUACCCACGUUAGUGUGCGUAAUGGCGAAUGUAGAGCCCGUUGGGCACAAUGCCCGCGGUUCGUCGGGCCACCGUCUCUUCAUAUCCGCCUUCAUGAUCCAUUGUGAUCAUGGAGAUGACAGCACGUUCACAUCUCGGGACGACCUUCAGGUCGUACCGGGACCCGUCAUUCGCCAAGGCGAAGCCGGGUAUGCACAGCGCUCUGAGCAGCCCGAGACUGCUGUCGGGUCUGCUCAAUGGCACCUGGAGGCACUGCCAUCCCGAGGUGUCCCGGCCCAAGCGACGAAGCUAGGCAUCACCCCGAAGGAUGAUGCACGCGCCGAACUCGAAGACACGUCCGUCAUCGAGCUCGCAUCCGAGCCGAACGAGUGGUGCGUCGAGUCGACGCAUCUCCGCGCUCGGGAGGGUAUAGGCACACAGUACUACAACAGUACUGUGUACAACGGGAACGAGCCCGCGUACGUAGGUACACUCGUCGCGCGCUCAGAGAUGAGCAGCGACACAAGAAAUAUAUUAUUAUUGUCGAAUGAUGGGCGCGCCACGACGAGCAACCUGCUCGGCGCGACGCGCGACGCGCUCAACACUACGGGCGUUGAGUGUCACGAGUCCGUGGCGAGCGUCCCGAGCACUAGCGCCCACUGUGCUGCGCUGAGCCUCCACCGACUCUUCGUCCUCGACCCCUUCCACUAUCUGGGCAGCCAACUCGAGCGCGCGUCUGGCGAACCAGACGCGCGCGCCGCCCCAACGCGAGUGCGAACUCGCGCUCGCAACUGGCUGGCUGACUUGCCGCCAGUCCAGUCGGUGGCGACCGACGACCUGGUACCUCGCGGUACCAGAUCAUCACUUCAUUCGUCCCCGGCUCAUCUCCCUUCUCCCCACACCUCGCGCCUCGAAUUGGGAGGUCUCCCUACCGAUUCUGGCGAACCUGGCGACCCCUACCGCGGCUCUGGCGACACGCAACCCAGCCACGCGACCCAGGACUUGAACGACGCGCGUUCAAGUCCAGCGCCGAGCAGCAAGACGGAGCGGACCACGUAUAACGAGGAGCGAGGAGAACGGAAGGAGGACAGAGAGGAGAGGAGUAGCGAGGAUGAGCAAGGAACGCAGGGACAGAGGGAGGAAGGGUACCGGGCGAGCCGGAAGUACGAGCACGACGGCUCGACAACCACAGGCGUAGCGACGAACGAGAAGAUCAUCGUGCGUCCUGCUAGCCACGAAGAUGGCACUCCCGUUCCCAGGUACGACUGCGAAGUCGUACCUGAGGUCCAUAUGGUAGCACGUCCGUGCUGCGGGACGACUUCAAGGUCGUACCCUCCACAUCUGCUGUGCCCGCGCCAGUAGGCGUACCGACGAACUUGAAGCUCGUCGUGCGCACUACUGGCCACGAGCCUUGGGUGCACAUGUACCGGGACGAAUCGAGAGUCGUACCGGCCACUACACAUGGCGACACCGCGGACGCGCAGCGUUGUACGUCCGACGUGCCCUUCUCAGUCACCACCAACCAGCGUGGUGGAGGUACAUCCUUGAUGGAUGUACCCAACUUGCUAUUCCCUGCGACAGUCCCCGGGCCAGCCCACAUUUUGACGAGCGAUCUCGUCGUACGCGCUGGGGGACACGAAUACGGUACGCCCGUAAUACGGGACGACCUCGCGGUCGUACCGUUCAUCCCGCAAGGCGACACGGCGGAUGCGCAACCUUGCACGUCCGACGCG